GAUCUGUUUUCUCGUGUGUAGACGCUGAUCGUACUUACUAGUAGUUCAAGAUGACUGGUCGCGGAAAGGGAGGAAAGGGAUUGGGAAAAGGAGGAGCGAAGCGACAUAGGAAGGUUCUUCGUGAUAACAUCCAGGGUAUCACCAAGCCGGCCAUUCGUCGUCUGGCGCGACGUGGCGGUGUAAAGCGUAUUUCCGGCUUGAUUUACGAAGAAACUCGCGGUGUGUUGAAGGUGUUCCUCGAAAACGUCAUCCGCGAUGCUGUCACCUAUACUGAACACGCCAAGAGGAAGACAGUAACUGCCAUGGAUGUCGUAUACGCCCUGAAACGCCAAGGCAGAACUCUGUACGGUUUCGGCGGUUAAAGAAAUUGUGGAUUUCUACAAAUACCAAUCGGCCCUUUUCAGGGCCACAAAUGACUUGAACGUUCGGUUUAAUUCCUGUUCGCUACAUUUUUCCUAUUAAUGCAAAAUCUUAUGAUUUAUGACUAAAAUUAUUACACCUGUGACAUUCAUAUUAAAAGAAACAAUCAUUUAUGUAUACAUAUAUUGAGUAAUAAGGUUUGAUAGAAUUGCAAUGUUAUUUUAUAUGCAUAUCCAAUAUAUUCGAAUUUGCAAUUUAUUGCAGGAUAUUGCAUUUCCAAUGAA